AUGCCUCCUAAACGAUUCAAGCAGUCCACGUUGACUGAUUCCCCGAGCUAUGUGUUUUCGCAGAUGUACGGCUCUCCGUUCGACACCAUGUUCCCUGUGGUUGUGUCUCAGAAAGAGCUCCAUUCCAAGGACGGCAUAGACUUCACCUCGAGCCAUCGUUUCGAGGCAAACCAUAUUCAGAAGUACCGCAAGCCCCUGGAUACAAAGUACAACACCCAGCUGGCCGGUGUGAAAAAGACCGGCUACGAUCCUGUUAAAAGAGUGUUUGCACAUUACGAGGAAGACAAGGUGCGUGGACUGCGGUUUGGAGUGUCCACCAUCCGGUUUGGCAACGACGGCAAGUACCAACUCGAGAGAGUCGACUCUAUGUUCCCCGAUACCCCUAUGGGAUCCAAGAGAUCGAUCGAUAGCCUGGAACCUUCGUUUGACUCUACCAGUCCAUCUCCAAUAGUGAUCCACCGUUUGGGAUCGCUCAAGAAACGCAGACACGACAGACUCGACAACUCGAUGACCAUCUCGCAGCGAGGAAUCCUAAGAAUGGUGGACGACUCGCUUGUUUCAAGCGAUACAGAGUUUUACACCUCCAUACUACAAGAGGUGCGGCCACAAACGUCAAAUAUCCGUUCUAUCAGGAAAGAUAAGGAUACCGACAAGGAAAACGUGAUGAUCAGUGCCGAGGACCUCAAGAUGGCUCUCUUGGACAGAGAGCCAGACACGGGGUUCUCGCUGAACGGUAAAUAA